CCCCUAGCCAAUGCAUUACUCUCGAUCGAUCUGACAAAGGACUGGACCAAUGAUUCUGUCCCCUUGAUCUCGAUCACCAAACCGCCCGGUGUGCCCAAUCUCAGCCGCGGCGGCAUGUGGGCUGCUCCCAGAGUGAGGACCUUAUACACCGGGUUCGCCGGCACCAGUCCCCAUUUCGGCGAUCGAGCAUUCUCGCCACAGGGGCUGUGGUCUUUCAGACGGGACUCGUCAGCAGGAGGCUCUUGGCAGUGCCUCAACGGGAGCACCGACGGGUGGUUCACGAGCCAACCGAGACCUCAUCCGGGACAAGCGGCCAGCGGGCACGGCUACGGUUUCUUUGUGGGGGGUAUGCCCGCAUCGAGGACCCCCGUCGUGUCCCCAUCGCUGACGCCGAUGGUGACAGGGAACGGCACCGGAGACCAGCGACAGCCCGGCAACAUGAUCAUCAUGUACGGCAUGUCCGACAAGAAGAUCACAGUUAUCGCCAACCACGGACCAUCUGACUCCCGAGUCCCAACACAUGCCGGGAUUACCUACGUACCCAACUGGGGGAACCGCGGCAUUCUCGUGGCCGUGGGCGGGUCCCAGGACAGGCGAGACAGCAACGAAGACAGCCUGGGGACGUUCCGGACCGUCCGAAUCUACGACAUCGACAAGCAGCGCUGGUACGAUCAGCAGAGCACGGGGGACGUUCCGGACCCGCGCAAGGACUUUUGCUUCGCAGGGUCGCCGUCGAGCAAUCGCACGCAUGAGUUCCUAGUAUACGCCGGCUGGGCCGGUCAGCUCGGCUCUGCUGCGGUGCCCUACGACAGCGCCUACGUACUGACGCUCCCCGGUUUCUACUGGGCCAAGGCAGACUAUCCCCCCGCUCACCCGCGGCACGGCCUGAGUUGCAACGCGGUGGGGGGAAGCCAGAUCUUAACCAUUGGCGGCGUCGACACCGCGCAGGACGGCAACGACUCGUACGCCGCAGGCUUCACGACCCGGGACCCCUUCACUCAGGGCCUCGCGGUAUUCGAUCUGGGCGCCCUGGCCUGGAGUCCGGCCUACCGCGCAGGGCGAUCCGCCCAGCCGCCGGCUCCAAGGUUCAGGGAGUACUACGAUACCAAGUGAGCGCUCGACGUUCCGUGUGUGUGGUUCCCGGUUGUGUAUACCGCAUGCUAACCUCCUCCUUUCAACCAAGGGGCCAAGCUCCGGAACAGGGCUUCGCUAACUCAGACCUCCGUACGUUUCCAGUCCCACGCGCCCCUCU